AGUAGGAGGAAGGCCAACCGGGAGAUGGUGGUGAUCGGAUCCACGAGCGGCAGUCCAUGGCGGGUAGUCGGCGCACAGUCAGCCACCACCUCGACCAGUCGGUUGUAGCCAGUCGGUACCUCAAGAGCAGCUCCGUCCGCGGGGCCGCGGUAGUGCGCCUCGGUUCACCCAUUGCCUUCGGCUCGUUUUCACCUGCCCGCCUGUAUGCGGAAGUUUCAACAGCUUGACUUUUGAACACUCGGAGAUAAUCGCAACUCGGAUCGGCCGCGAGUAGCAGCGUGUCCGCGUGAGAGAGAGAGAGAGAGAGAGUCUCGACGGCAAGUGCGCGGAGUGAAUCCCGAUAUCAAGUGCUGAAUGAAGACCACAUUUGAGACCGGUAUACAAAUGAUCGAGUGAGCGCUCACUCACGCGAGCGCUGAGGAGAGGAUACGAGAAGAGGUGCUCGAAGUCGGCGCGCGGGUCCUCGUUGGCGCGAGGCGAUAUCCCAGGAGAAGCUGACUACGGAAAGCUGACUACGGAUGGUUAACGACGUGAUGAGCGAGUACGAACGAAUCAAGCGUUCGUGCUUGAAACGAGGCGAGCUCUGGGAGGAUCCAGAAUUUCCAGCGACGCAGGCGUCGGUCUUUUAUCACCAGACACCUCCAUUCCAGUUCCAAUGGAAAAGGCCGAAGGAAUUGUGCAAUCGGCCCAUCUUCGUCAACGAUGCGCCGGCUCAGUUCGAUGUCAUUCCUGGGAAGAUGGGUGACAAGUGGCUGGUGUCAUGCCUGGGUGUGCUGCACCUCAGCAAGGGCUUGUUCUACAGGGUGGUGCCGGCCGACCAAGGCUUCGGGAGCGGCGGGGAGCCGCCGGGCUCGCCGACCGCUGAGUACGCCGGGGUCUUCAGGUUUCGACUGUGGUGGUGCGGCGCGUGGGUGGAGGUUCUCGUCGACGACCGGCUGCCGGCGGUUCACGGCAGACUGGCCUUCGUCCAGAGCCGCCAUAGCGAUCAGUUUUGGCCGGCGUUGCUGGAGAAAGCGUACGCCAAACUUCACGGUUCUUACGAGGCGCUUAAGUACGGCACAUUAUUGGACGGCUUGUCUGAUCUCACGGGCGGCAUCACCGAAAGCAUCGCGAUUCGCCAGGACCCAACAGCGUGCGGACGCGCGCUUUCGAAACUUCUGGACAUGACGUCCCUCAUCACUUGUACAGUAAACAACAAUCAGCAGCAACAGAUACGUGCCAGCACAGAGAAGCUCGCCAAUGGCAUACAAAUGGGAAUCAAUUACAGGCUGUACGCGAUCGAGAGGGUGGAAACUUUCGACGGGGAAGCGGUGCAAUUAGUGAAAUUGAGGAACCCUCUCGGGCCUGGUGGCGAAUAUGUGGGUGCUUGGGCGAGAGGCGGCCUCGAGUGGGAAGAAGUGCCCGCGAUGGAGAGGGAACGGUUAGCUGUGAGGAACAUGGCCGAGGGAGAAUUUUGGAUAUCGUAUUCCGAUUUCGUUAAGACGUUUACCCAUCUGGAAGUUGUGCACCUAGACGCCGAAACUUCGAGAGAUGAGCCGUCGUUGCACAGUAAACACACUUGGCAGAUGAAAUUGUAUCAGGGAAGUUGGAGAAGGGGCGUCACCGCGGGAGGAUGUCGAAAUAAUCAAGAAACCUUCCACAUAAACCCACAGUUGCAUCUGAUUCUCAGCGAGAUGGAAGAAGUGAUCGUGUCGUUGAAUCAGCAUUCCAUUAUGGAGCCGAAAGUGAUAGGUUUCACCGCGUAUACAUUGCCGAAGAACAGCACCGAGUCGAUAAACAAGCAGUUCUUCAAGAAAAACAAGUCCCUGGUCAAUUCACAAUACACGAAUAGCCGGCAGGUGAGCCACAGGUGUCAGCUCGAGCAGGGUGGUUACCUGCUCGUACCUACGACCUUCGAGCCGACUCAAGAAACGAGUUUCACGUUACGGGUCUACAGCAGUAAGCCUCUAAAACUCAAGUUGCUGGACACUGCGCCGUCGUUAAUGAAAUCGGCAAUCGUGAAGGCGCCUCCUCUCGAAGGGAAAGGUUUCUCUCAGUACGAGGCGGUGUUUCUACAGCUCGCCGACGAACACAGAACCGUAAACGCCUUCGAGUUACAGGAGCUCUUGGAAGCCUGUUUACCGAAUGACUACAUCAAAAGCUGCGCCUGCAUGGAAGUCUGCCGGCAAGUAGUGCUCACCAUGGACAGUUCCGGGAGCGGCCGAUUGAAGUUCAACGACUUCAAGGAUCUUAUGUGCAGUUUAAAGUACUGGCAAGCCGCUUUUAAGAACCACACGAAGGAGAAGACGGGCAUACUCAAGGCGGAGAGACUGCGAGACGCCCUGUUGGAAGUUGGUUUCCAAUUGAACACGGACGUACUGUCGAUCCUGAUUCUGCGAUACAUGAGGAAAGACGGGACCCUUCGAUUCGGCGACUUCGUCUCGGCGAUACUGCACCUGAGCGACGCGUUCGGUAUAUUCGAGAGCAAGGACCCUUUGCAAAACGGAACCGUAAAGCUGAGCCUGUCAGAGUGGCUGAGAUCAUCUCUGAUGUGCUGAGGGAGUGUCAGUCAAACCGUCCAUACGUCUACCUUGAAACGUCUGUAAAUAACAUUCUUUUUUUAUCUCGACACUAGGCGUAAGCUUUAGCCAUAUUAACGAUAUUAGCGCGCGACUCCGCCCAUCUCUUUCUUUCACUCUGUAAGAUAAUGUCAUUGCUCUUUUUUUUUUUUACUACAUUAUCGCUCGGAUCAUCAUUCCCUCCCGUGUAAAAUUACGAUUAAGGAGCUAUGUAUGAUACGUUUCUUUGUGUAAGCAUAUCGCACUGGAUAAUAAAAUUAAGUUUAUUUUG